CGCACCGCCGCCUCACUGCCUUGGCUUCCUGUCCGUCCCUAGGUGACCGCUUGCCCUGGUUCCCAGGCUUUGGCCUCCACUGGGUGAGUCGCACAGACUGCGGAUCUGGACUCCGCACCCAGGCGGGCGUGGGGCUGUGCGGGCCAGUAUUCGCGCGGGCCGUGCGGAGGCUCGAGCAGGGCCUCCGCACGCUAGCCCAGGAGCCCGCCGGCGCUUGGUCCCGGAGGACCAGGCGGGCAGGGGCGGCUUCGGGACCAGAGACCGUCUCCUUCCUUCCGUCUUACGGUCCACCAUCUAAGAGCAGCAGAAGAUGAAUAAAUCACAGGAGCUAGUAUCAUUCAAGGAUGUGGCUGUGGACUUCACCCAGGAGGAGUGGCAGCAGCUAGACCCUGAUGAGAAGACAACAUAUAGGGAUGUCAUGUUGGAGAACUACAGCAAUCUAGUUUCUGUGGGUUAUGAUAUCACCAAACCAAAUGUGAUCAUUAAGUUGGAGCAAGGAGAAGAGCCAUGGAUAAUAGAAGGUGAAUUCUCAUGUCAAAGUCAUCCAGAGGUCUGGAAAAUUGAUGACCUAAUAGAGAGAAUUCAAGAAAAUGAAGAUAAACAUUCAAAACAAGCUGUUUAUAGUAACAGUAAAACCCUGAUUGAAGAGAGAGCGAAUCCACUUGAUAAAACUUAUAAUAUGGAAACAAACCUUGUUCCUUCAAGCAUAACAGCUCAUAAUUGUGUCUCAUGUGGAAAGAAUUUAGACUCUAUUUCAGAGUUAAUUAGUAGUGAUGGAAGCUACGCCAGAAAGAAACUUGAUGAAUGUAAUGAAUGUGGAAAGAUGUAUCAUGGAGAGAAACCCUAUGAGUUCAAUCAAAAUAGGGAUACUUGUUCUCAAAAUGAAGAAAGUAUUCUUCAGAAAAUUAAUGUUUUGGAGAAACCCUUUGAAUAUAAUGAAUGUGUGGAAGCCUUAGGCAGUGAAGCUGUUUUCAUUACUCAUAAGAGAGCUUACAUGGGAGAGAAGCCCUAUGAGUGGAAUGACUCUGGACCAGACUUCAUUCACAUGUCAAAUUUCAGUGCAUAUCAGAGGUCACAAAUGGAAAUGAAACCCUUUGAAUGCAGUGAAUGUGGAAAAUCCUUUUGUAAAAAGUCAAAAUUUAUUAUUCAUCAGAGGGCUCAUACAGGAGAGAAACCUUAUGAAUGUAAUGUGUGUGGGAAAUCCUUCAGUCAAAAGGGAACCCUCACUGUACAUCGUAGAUCACAUUUAGAGGAGAAACCCUAUAAAUGUAAUGAAUGUGGGAAAACCUUCUGUCAGAAGUUACACCUCACUCAACAUCUGAGAACUCACUCAGGAGAGAAACCCUACGAGUGUAGUGAAUGUGGGAAAACCUUCUGCCAAAAGACACAUCUCACCUUACAUCAGAGAAAUCAUUCAGGAGAGAGACCCUAUCCGUGUAGUGAAUGUGGGAAGUCCUUUUCCCGCAAGUCAGCCCUCAGUGACCAUCAGAGAACACACACGGGAGAGAGACUUUAUAAAUGUAAUGAGUGUGGGAAAUCCUACUACCGAAAGUCUACUCUUAUAACACAUCAGAGAACACACACAGGAGAGAAACCCUAUCAAUGUAGUGAAUGUGGAAAAUUCUUUUCUAGGGUAUCAUAUCUCACUAUUCAUUAUAGGAGUCAUUUAGAAGAGAAACCCUAUGAAUGUAAUGAAUGUGGCAAAACCUUCAACUUAAAUUCAGCCUUCAUUAGACAUCGGAAAGUACACACAGAAGAGAAAUCCCAUGAAUGUAACGAAUGUGGAAAGUUUUCUCAGUUGUCCUAUCUCACUGACCAUACAACUCAUUUAGGAGAAAAACCCUAUGAAUGUAAUGAAUGUGGGAAAACCCUCCUUGAAAAUCCAGCCAUCAAUGGGCACCAGUCACUUCCAAAAGGGGAAAAAUCUUAUGAAUGCAAUAUAUGUGGGAAAUUAUUCUCUGAGUUGUCGUAUUAUACUAUACAUUAUAGAAGUCAUUCAGAAGAGAAACCCUAUGGAUGUAAUGAAUGUGGGAAAACCUUCUCCCAUAAUUCAUCUCUCUUUAGACAUCAAAGAGUACAUACAGGUGAGAAACCCUAUGAAUGUUAUGAAUGUGGAAAAUUCUUCUCUCAGAAGUCAUAUCUCACUAUACAUCAUCGAAUACAUUCAGGAGAGAAACCCUAUGAAUGUAGUAAGUGUGGAAAAGUCUUCUCUCGGAUGUCAAACCUCACUGUCCACUAUAGAAGCCAUUCAGGAGAGAAACCCUAUGAAUGUAAUGAAUGUGGGAAAGUCUUUUCUCAGAAGUCAUACCUCACUGUACAUUAUAGAACUCAUUCAGGAGAGAAACCAUAUGAAUGUAAUGAAUGUGGGAAAAAAUUCCACCACAGAUCAGCUUUCAAUAGCCAUCAAAGAAUUCAUAGAAGAGGGAAUAUGAAUGUACUUGAUGUGGAAAAUCUCUGAAGUCAAGUUUCAAUUUUGAGAAAACCCUCUGAAUAUGAAUAUGUAGUGAACAUGGAGAACACAAAAAGGAGUCAAGUAUCAUCUCACCUGAGAGUUUGUUCCAGAAUAGAGAGAAACAUUUAGGCACUAGAUAUAUUUUACUCUAAAUUUUCACAAAGAAAUGCCCCUAAGAAUGCACCAAAACCAUACAACACAUUGGACACUUAAUAAUUUAUACAAGAGUGGAAUUUUAUGAAUAUUUAAUAUUUAUUUUGGAUUCAAAUUGUAUUUAUGUGUCAGGGAAUCAUAACUAAGGUGAAAUCUAUCAAUGUGAUGAAUGUGGAAACUAUAUUGUCUUGGAAAUUAUGCUAAAAGCCAUAUUUCUGAUGUGAAAUCAGAUGUUUAUAGGAAUGAUACCAGAAGCUAUCAGCUUCAAUAAACCAUUGUAUGAAAUGAAGUUUUAAGAUCAUCAGGAGUUGAUCAUGAAGACAAUAGCAUUAAAUAAGUAUAAGGUAGUUCCUACUAUAUGUUUUUAAAAAUGCAAUAUAAUAGUAAUUCUAUGCAAUUUUAUGCAACUUUUGAUUUGAAUAGUUUGUAAAAAAAAAGGCAACAUUCUCAUUUGAUUAUUAGGAUGGCAAAAUAUACUGAGACAGGACAUAUUAUUGGUGAGACAAUGAUAGUAUAAAAUAGUAAAAUAAUUAUUUUCUAUUCUUUGAGGAAUUUCAAAAUGGGUUUUUAAUGAAUGCCUCAUCAGGCAAUGAUUUUUGUAAAGUUUUCAACUGUACCUAAGGGGGGCGGGAUUAAAAAAUACUAUUUUGAUAAACUAUGCACACUUAAUUUGGAGCUUAGUGUGUUUUAAAGGAGAAUAAAUGUACAGCUCCUACCUUCUAAAAUAUUCCCAACUCCCACCACUUUUGUUUUUAGUCUAUAACUUUGAAUGCGCAGAGUGCCAAUAUUGCAUAAUUCAGAAAUUUCAUCUGAAUUUUUUGUUUGAUAUAAAUACUGUUAUUUCUUGCAUUACCCCUUAUUUCCAGUAGUAUGAAACAAAUUAAUACAGGUUUCUAGUUUACAUUUUUUGGGCUGUUUAACUUAAUGCCAUUUCGUCCCUCAUUCCUUGCAGGAAGAGUUUGGGUACCUAUCAUUUCUUCACAUGACACAGAAGGUAAAUACUGAUUAGUCUCAACCAAUAAUGAUAAUUCCAUUCUAAUUGCCAGUAAUGUGUUCAUAGUGGUCAUAUGACCCCAUCCUGGACAACAAAAAAGGAUAUAGGUUUGUUCUGGAAAAAGGAUAACACAGUGAUCAAAUGGAUCUUACUCCAUGAAUGCAAUAUUCAAGUCAAUUGCUGUUACACAUGUAAAGAAAAGUAUUCUGGUAUCUAGACGAUUUGUGUGGUAAAAUUAAUGUUUGUUUAUGACCUUAGCAAACUAUUUAGGGAAAGGAAUUUCCAUUAUCGGAUAAAGAGCAACCUAAACCACAACAACGAUCAUACUUAAUGGUAAAAUAAGUUUUUGUAAGUUUUCUCCCUUAUGACUAAAAUUUAAAAAUCCACUAAUUUUAUUCAGCACUAUGCGGAAGGACCUAGCCAGGAAAGUAAGGCAAGAAAGAAAAAGCAUAAGGACUUAAAAAUAUAUAAAACUUAUUUGCAGAUGACAUAACUUUGUACAUAGAUUAUUCUGAACAAUUUCCAGAUAAAUAGAAUUAAUGAGUAAGGGACCACCUGGUGGUGUGUUGGUUAAGGUGACAAGAUCCCACAUGGCUGACUGUGGUUAGUCUCAGACCUGGUGGGUAAGAAAAACACCAGGCACCUGUGCCUGUGAGCCCAAAAUUCAAAAGGGAGGGAGAAAUGGAGGAGAUGGGAUUGCAGCAUGGCCACCCACCAUAAGGAGUGCUUUACCUCCUCUUCUCCAGGCACACAAACCUCUGGCAAAAUAAAAAAAAAAAAAAAAAAAAAA